CGCGUGUGUGCGCGCGCGUGCGUGUGAGCGUCUGAAUGCGAGCGACUUUUAUGUUCUUUUUUUGUUGUUGUUUUUUUCAUGUCUUUUUUUUUUCUAUACAUCUUCUUCUUUCGGUCCCCAAUGUCUGUGAAUGACGGCGUGGCAGUGAGUGGAGGUGUGUGCGCUGAGUGACGCGUCCUCUUCAGAGGAAUAACACACACACACACACACACACACAGCGAGAGAGAGAGAGAGAGAGAGACAGAGAGAGAGAGAGAGAGAGACUCCACACAGGACCGCAGACUCCUAAUGAAGUCGCGCACAGCACGUUGAGUUACGCGCGGCCGCGGCUACGCAGUUUUGGAAACGCAGUUCGCCGUGUCAUGUUGUCGAGCGCCGCUCACUUCGAGGCGAAAGUCCGCAGCCGCGCGCGGUGUUGACCCCUGCUCCCCUCCCCUUCCCCCGUCGCCUCUCGAUGUGGCACCGUGCACUCAGUCCAGCGGCAGUCCCGGCGGGCCCCGUGUUUCCUCACACGCGUCAAGUCGCCCGAUGCUCGCGGGGCGACUCGCAGGCCGUCGCUCAGCGGUGAAAGACCAGAAGAGAAACAGAAAAGAGAAGCCGACUGCGGGGGACAUAGGGCCAGAGAGCUCCUCCGAAAGACAGCGAAGCAGAGAAAAUGCUGAAGACACUGACGAAGAAGCUGAGGAGACAUUCACUCAACGAGAUCCAUCCUUUCCAGCUGAAGAUUUCUUACCAUGGCAGUGGAGAGGGAGUGGAGAGUGAUGACUCAGAGGGGGAGAACCAGGAACUGGCACAGAUUGACAGAGAGAGACGGAGAAAUUGUGCCCUCACCCCUUUGGCCACCAGCCAGCAGCACAACCAGGGUCCGCUCUCUCCAGCCCGGUUACGGCGCCUCCGCCUCCUUUUAGAUGCCAAUCUGGAUCGACACUCUUCAGAGGAAGAGCUCGAGAGAAUCAGCUGCGGGGACAACAGGAAGUGGGUGUCUGCACUCCCUCAGUGCCACGGUGACCACCACAGCAGCGCCUCCAGCGAUGAGGAGGUGCGGGACCUCUGUGGCUGCGGGUCCCCGGCUGCCUCUGCAAGGCCGCUGGUUGAGCCAGGCGCUUGCCUGGCUGCCUCCCCCAGUCCUGUGCUCUUUAGCUCCAGCCCACCACGUAGCCUAAAGCCACCGCCCAUUUGCUUUCAGCUGCAGGUGGUCCAGCCAGUGGCACGGCCCAUUAUUUUGACCCACUUUGACCAGGCAGCGCCAUACAGAAAGUAUCGACACAGCUACGGCGGGGAGCCGGGGAGACCCAGUCUGGACCUGGAGAAAAUGCAACAGAAAAUGCUGCUGAAAAAGAACUGCGGAGGGAAAACGCGGACCAUAAAGAUCCGGAAUCUGACGGGCAGUCGUCCUCCGCCCAGGUACACUUACGACCCCUCCAUUUUCGCCUUCCGCUCCUUGAGCACAGUGCCCCCCUGCAGGCCCCUGACCCCGUGCGAGGAUCCUCCCUGCUCAUAAAGACUUUCAUCCACCGGCAGAUAAGCCUCCCCCUCCUUCAUUCCCAGGUGGCCGCUUUUGUGUGGCUUCUGCGGCGAGACCAAGGAAUGACUGUUUUGACUGAAUGACUGACCGCUUGAAAGACAGUUGUUUGAUGGUCGAACUAUUGCACACUCAGGUAACGCCACCUUGUGAAACGCCGUCACUUUGACCAUUGAUUCUCCGAGGGAAAUCGGCAGGAACACUUUGGAAAACAAAAUGGCCUCAACGCGACAUUUCUACGUAUUCUUCAGGUAUCGCAAAUGUAUAAGCCGUUUCUGAAAAGAUCCUUUGACCGGAGGAAGAAUGAUCCAAGAAACAAAUAUGGAGGAGUAGUGGUAAUGGGGCACAAAAAGCCAACCGUUGUGAAACUUAGUAUAGUUUUGGGUUGGACAUAAUGCAUGUAAGACAAUCAAAUGGUUCCAUGGUCUCUCCCUUCGAUGUAAGAAGCGGACAUCUUGUAAGGCUCUUGGUAACUUCCUGGACUGAACACGCGGUGAGGUGAGUCAUCUGCUAUCUUGUUAUUGUUGAAAUGAUCAUAGACAGUGUUCACGUUCCUGUAUGAAAAAAACGACUUCUCUGGAUGUGUUAUUGAAUAUGCAGGUCAUGACGAGCUAUAACAAAACAUGUAUGACUGUAGCUGAAUAGUAGAUCAUCGAUGAUGUACGUUUUCUUAAUGAAUUUGUCACUUCUAGUCCAGCUCAAGAGUUAAGUACUUGUAUCCUCUUUCCUUGCAUGAAUUCCAUUGUUUUGCAGAAAGAGAGGUGUUCUGAAAAUAAGGACAUAUGACAACAGUUUGCCGCACAUUUGGCGAGUGUAACUGGUGCUUUGUUACGCAUAGCCUACCUGUAGGUAGAAGAGGACCGCUGGUAAAGGCGCCCCAGUGUUUUCUGAAGAUCUCUUAACGCCGUGAAAUCACAUUCCUGUUGUUUCUGUCUGGACAAGGUGGUUCGCAGCUCCUGAAAUGAGCUCAAUUGUUUUAAACGCAAUGUCACCGCUGUAACUAAACUUUCGCCGAAGUGAAUGUAACAUUGCGACGUGCUCCUGUUCACUGUUGCACAAAAUGAAUCAAUAAAAUGCCCUGUGGCCUCUU